AUCAUAAGUAGUUUCAAGGUAAGCAAACUGUGUAUUUGCAAAACCCAAUAUUAAUUUCAUUUUUUUAUAUUACAAUUUAGUAUAGAAGCGCGUUUGUGUUAAAAAGACUCAACUCAUCUAUAGUCAGUUCUUCUAUAUUAUUUCCACUUUGUAACAAAGACUAAAGACUCAUUAGUCUUCAGGGAAAUUCCAAAGCGUCAGUCUCAAAGAUUCUCUUUUCAGCUACAAAAAGCCGAGAUUGAAUACCAAAACUCCAAUAUUCAAAUUACCUCCCCUGAAUUCUGACACUUAACACUCAUUUUCCUCUUUCCAUUUUCUCUGUCUUCAAUUCAAAUCAAACACUUGCAUUCGGUCUUCUUCAACACCACUCCAUUUUCAGCCAGAUUUAGCUUCUGGGUUUUUCUUUUUUGUUUUGUUUUGCUACAUGAAAGUCAGUUGGUGUGAUUCUUUUCAGGUUAUGUAAAAUCCAGAGUCUGCAAAGAAAGUUCAGAAAUCUCAGCCAAAAGUGUCAAAUAGAUGGCUUAUUCUGCUUCUGGCAUGAGUAUUUGACAUUUUCUGUGAAAGAAGAUCUAACAAUUUUCUACAUAGCGAAAUCAUAUGAACACUGCAUAAAACCUAUAAGAAGCCAGCUUUUUGGCCAAAGAGAUUCAGAAGAGCUACAUAAAACAGAAGAGUUUCAGAUCACUGCAGCCAACUCUUCAAUGCAAAGAUCACAAAAGCGCAGGACUUCAAACAUGGCCAACAGAUUAUACUAUCAGCCACCAAUACAAGAUGUAGAAUCCUACUGCUUACCACAGUUUCGUUCUUUAGAUGGGGAAGUUUGUUACAGCAACAGCAGCCGCAGCCAGGGUGGCGCCCAAGUCUUGGCUAAGAAUUCUUUCCAUCUUUACUCCACCUUGGAAUCGUCCCCGGCGAAUGAAAAUUGUAACAUGUACAUUUCUCCAUCGACAGUUAGCUUCUCUCCCAGUGGAAGCCCGAUUUCGCAACAAGAUUCUCAUUCCUACCUCCCUGAUCAGCGCAAUUCGCCUGAAAAUACUUAUGGUUCUCCAAUCAGUGGCUCCUGCAUAACUGAUGACAUGAGUGACUGGAAGUACAAGCUGAAAGAGCUCGAGAGUGCCAUGCUGGGUCCUGAUUUAAGCAUUCAGGACAGCUAUGACACUGAUUUUCAAAGGUUGGCAAAUAAUAGUUCUAAUGAGAUUGAGAGCUGGGGACAAAUUAUGGAGCCAAUCUUCAAAAGGGAUGUGAAACAAGUCCUAAUAUGCUGUGCUGAAGCAGUUUCAGAUAAUAAUCUGUUAGUUGCGGAGCGGUUGAUGGAUGAGUUACGCCAAAUGGUGUCGGUUUCUGGCGAACCAAUCCAGAGGUUAGGUGCAUAUAUGUUGGAAGGACUUGUUGCUAAGUUUGCCUUCUCGGGGAGCAAUAUAUGCAAAUCAUUGAAAUGCAAAGAGCCUGCAAGUUCGGAAUUGCUCUCUUAUAUGCAUAUUCUGUAUGAGCUCUGCCCUUACUUCAAAUUUGGAUACAUGUCUGCCAAUGGGGCUAUAGCAGAAGCCAUGAAAGAUGAAAACCGAGUUCACAUUAUCGAUUUCCAAAUCGGUCAGGGGAGCCAGUGGAUCACUUUGAUUCAGGCUUUUGCAGCCAGGCCUGGAGGACCUCCCCAUAUCCGGAUAACAGGCAUUGAUGACUCGGUGUCAGCUUAUGCUCGAGGAGGAGGGCUCAGCAUUGUAGGAAAGAAACUCUCUAGGUUUGCUGAAACUUUCAAAGUGCCAUUUGAGUUUCACUCUGUAGCCAAAUCCGGUUCUGAGGUCCAACUGGCGGAUCUUGUUGUUCUACCUGAUGAGGGUUUGGCUGUGAACUUUGCUUUCAUGCUUCACCACAUGCCAGAUGAGAGUGUCAGCACACAAAAUCACCGGGAUAGGCUACUGAGGCUGGUUAAGAGCCUGUCACCAAAAGUGGUGACUCUUGUGGAACAAGAAUCUACCACCAACACCGCAGCUUUCUUCCCCCGGUUUGUUGAGACACUGGAUUACUACGCAGCCAUGUUUGAAUCCAUAGACGUGACUCUCCCUCGGCAUCACAAGGAGCACAAGGAGCGGAUCAAUGUGGAGCAGCAUUGCUUGGCAAGAGAAGUGGUUAACAUAAUAGCUUGUGAAGGAACUGAAAGGGUAGAGCGACAUGAGCUACUUGGUAAGUGGAAGUCAAGGUUCAAAAUGGCUGGUUUUACACCAUACCCGUUAAGCACUUUGGUCAAUGCCACCAUUAAAACACUAUUAGAGAAUUACUGCAAUAAGUAUAAGCUUGAAGAAAGAGAUGGGGCUCUCUAUCUUGGCUGGAUGAACAGAUAUUUGGUUACUUCUUCUGCAUGGAAUUGAGAAAACAAAAGGAACUGGGGCAAGGAAAAACAAGUAGUUUUUGUUGUUUACUUAUUUUAGUUUACUUUGUUAUUGGUUUAACUUUCCUAUGAGGAGGGUGACAUGACAUUAGCCAUGAACUCGUCUCACAUUUAAGUUAGCCGUUUUUGUUUAAAGCCAUUUCCAGAGAACUUAAAAAACUUAAUGUGUUUCACUGAUAGAGAGGGAAUACAUGAUUUUGUUGAGUUAUUAAAGGCUUUGUAUAUGGAUACCGAGUAACGAAAUCUCAUUUUCCCUUUUCUUA